CACAUACUUUGUUUUCACCAUCGCCCUUCGCUGUCGCUCAUUCUGAUUACUGUAUAUCAUCGCCCACCAUGUCGACGUAGAAUCGACGUCCAUUCGUUUUGGGUUGAUCUGAUCUCAUCUGAUCUGAUCUGUUUCACUUUGCGCGACACCGCACAUUUUUUUUUUGUUCCGAUCCCCCGGCGCCCGCUGCUGCGCUUCUGCACGAAUGGCGCUCCACACUAGUCUGUCCCUGCUGGUGAUCGGCAUGUUCUCAGCUGCUGCCGUGUCCGCCCAGCACGUGCUGGUCCCGUUCUCGCAGCACAAAGACGUCGUCCUCUCAGCCCGCGCCUCCUCGGAACGUGGCGCGCUCAAGUCGAGUGCCGGAUAUGCCUACGUUGUCGAUGCAACAGUCGGCACCCCCCCGCAGAACCUGUCGCUGCUCAUCUCGACGACGACCGGGGACACCUGGGUGCCCGACGCUAACACUCGCGAAUGCUCGCCUCAGUGGUAUUACCGCACUUAUUACGAUGAUUCUUAUGGGGACGAUGACGACUAUUCGGAUGCACUGUCCGGCUCUCUAUGCCGAUGGGGCAGCUUCAAUUCGACGCUGUCCUCGACCUAUCUGCCCCCCAAUUCUCGCUACGACGACUUCAGCGUCUCCUACGCGGACAUGAACUACGUCUCGGGCCGCAACAUGACCGACCGGCUCGCGUUUGCCGACGUCGAGUUCGACGACUACCCGAUGGGCCUGGUCUCGUCCGCCUACCGCUGGAUCGGCGUGCUCGGCCUCGGCUACAACUCGUCCUCGGGCUACUACACUGCCUCCUCUUCGGCUGGCGUCUAUGACAACCUCAUGGAUCGCAUGGUCUUGUCCGGCAAGAUCGCGACUCCCGCGUACAGCAUCUGGCUGGACAACGCCCAGGCCUCCUCCGGCAGCCUGCUCUUUGGCGCCGUCGACCGGUCCAGAUACUCGGGCGACCUGGUGCGCCUCCCGACUGGCUACAACUCGUACUCAUACUCGUACCAGUACGGCUUCUCCGUCACCCUCAACGCCAUCAACGGCACCAGUGCCUCCGGGGUUCCCAUGCCCGCCAUCCGGACAAACGACUUCCCUGUGGACGUCGUCUUGGGCCACGGCGAGGUGUUUUCGUUCUUGCCCGACUCGCUGGCCGACCAGAUUGCCGCCAUGGCUGGCGCCACUUAUAACAAGUCGCUCGGGUACUUCACGAUCCCGUGCGACGCCGGCGAGCGCAACAACACCAAAUUCGUCUUCGAGAUUGGUGGCGAAGGCGGCCCCAAGCUGGACGUCGAGACGGCAGAUCUGGUGCAGCCAUCCAUCAUGUACAGCGAUCUCACCUGGUACGACUCGCCCCUCGAGUCGGGCAUGUGCUUUUUUGCCAUCCAGAAGUAUUAUACCGACUCGUCGUCGACCAGUUCUUACUCCAACCUCUACAGUCUGGGCGGCUCGAUCCUGCGGCGCACGUAUGUCGUCUAUGAUCUGGCCAACCACGAGAUCGCCGUAGCCCCUGUCAAGUUUCCAUCUGACGGAAGCACCCCGACGCCCGAGAUCAAAGCGUUUGAGAGCUACGGUGCUUACGCCCCGGGUGCGUCCGAGUUCUGCACGAGCAACUACUGCAGCUCGAACUACGGGGGAUCCGGUUCCGGUUCCGACGACAACCCCGAUCAUAAAUAUUAUGGCCCGUACGGUCCGGGAUUCGACUACUGGAAGAAGAUUGCCAUUGGUGUUGGCGUCUCGUUCGGAGUCGUCGCGUUGGUCGGGGCGGUGACGGCCAUCAUCCUCUGCCGGCGCGCGAGCCGCGGCACGGGAGCUGCAAAGGAGGUGGACGAGGAGGACUCGGCUGGACACACUACGCCGGCCGGGUCUUCGAGCCCCACAGUUGCCCAGAAUCCGAUAGGGGGUUCGACAGUCGUGCCGCCGGGUCCGCUGCCAGCCAUUCAGGAACGGUCCGAAGCACAAACAGGGGAGCCUCGGCUCCCUGCGUCGGGAAAUCAGAUUAUUGUCCAGCCAGCCACACCGCCCGAGCCGACGGGGUCUGCGAACUCGAACACUCAAUCAGCCGCCGUAUCCGCGCCUUCUAGCGAGCGGGCGCCGCAAAGAGAGGUCCGUGAUGAUGCUUCGGCGCCAGAGGCCGGUGCCGCAGCGCCGCCGUCACCGAAAGGCAAGGAGAAGUAGAGUGUCCUCGAUUAUCAGACGUAAUCUUGAUGAACAAUACCCAUUCUUUCUGGCUUAGAUGCCGUCUCGCAGUCACUCUUGCGUUGCGUAGCAGGUAGGUAUGUACAUCAUGACAUUCAGCC